UCCCCCUCUCUCCCUCCCUACCUCCCAACCCCCCCCCCUCUCUGUCUCUAAUGUCGAUCUUCCUAGGGGAUGGUUGUCCUCCUGUUCACGUAGUCUGAGCUUGAACCUCCUCGUCCUCGUAAUUACUGCAACAUUUCGUUUUGUAAUCUCUUCGGUAUAACUUGGUACUGUGGCGCACAGUUCUGCAAUCAUACAGGUGAUGAUGGCUCAAAAGCACCUGCGCGAGCUACUGAAGGAGGAUCAAGAACCCUUCCUUCUGAAAAAAUUCAUUUCUGAUAGGCGUAGCCAGCUGAAGAGGCCUUCCCCCAAGAGUAGUAUGCAACUGAAGAAGCGAAGACCAAGACCAAUGCAUCAGAACUCAAACUUGCCCGUUAAUUUCUGUAAACACGCUUGCUUUUUCUCAUUCCCCAACACGCCUGACCCCAGAAAAUCGCCCCUCUUCCAAUUGCCCUCGCCGGCGAAAAGCACCUCCGCCUCUCCCAAUCCCAUUUUUCUUCACAUCCCUGCUCGAACGGCAGCGCUUCUUCUUGAAGCCGCUCUUCGGAUUCAGAAACAGUCCUCCGCCUCUCCCAAGACCAAACCCCAACAGAAAAGCAAUGCCUUCGGCCUCUUUGGGUCAUUCUUCAAGAGACUAACGCAGCGUAAUCGGAACCGGAAGCAGGAAAUAGAGGGUGAGAGAGCUGGGGCCCCUGUGAAGGAAAUAUUGAGGUGGGAUUCGUCAACUGGUCCUGGUGAACUUUCCAAUGGAUUCUCUGAAAAGACGGACUCUCAGAAGGAUAACAAUGUCUCGGACUUGAGUGCCUGUGAGGUGGAGCUUCUCUGUUCUUGCAAUGGUAGGCCUAGCAGUGCAUUUUGGUCGGAGAGCAAUGAAGAUAAAUCUUUGGGCAUGGAAACGUCGAUCAGUAGCCAGGGGGGCGAGUUUGAAGAGUUUGACUUUCUUUCCAAACUGAGCAACAUUACGGAGUGUGCUUGUUGUGAUGACAAUGCCCUCUGCCAAAGCCCUUUCCGUUUCGUUCUCCUAAGUAGCCCCUCCUCUGCCUCCCGCACGCCAGAAUUAGCUUCCCCGGCAUCGUCUCCGGGUCACCGCACAACACAGGACAAAGAGAAUAACGAAGCAGAGAGGGUCGACCAAUGCCAAUCAGGAGAGGAAGCGGAAGAGAAAGAACAGUGUAGUCCAGUCUCUGUUUUAGACCCACCAUUCGAGGAUGAUGACGAGGGGCAUGAAAACAAUGAGGAGGUGGAGGAGGAGGAGGAUGGUGGUUUUGAUCUGGAGAGUAGCUAUGCCAUUGUACAGAGAGCAAAGGAGCAGCUUCUACAGAAGCUCCGUAGAUUUGAGAAACUAGCGGAACUGGAUCCUCUCGAACUGGAGAAAAGAUUGUUGGAUCAAGAAGAAGAAGAAGAGGAUGAAACACUGCUUGAGGAGCAUGACUGGGAAGAUGACGAUAAGGAGACGCCAGAUGAAGAAAAUGGGUACAGUGAGUUAUUGUUAGGAGUCCUGAGGGAGUCAAACUGGGAAGAAAGAGGAGAAAUCAGGGCAGACAUGAAGAAACUAAUUUGUGAUCUGUUGAGAGAGGAAAGAGAAGGGAGCGAAGAGGAAGACAGAGAGAAGUUGAUCAGAGGGGUAUGCAAGAGGCUGGAAUUGUGGAGAGAGGUGGAGACGAACACGAUUGAUAUGAUGGUAGGACAAGACUUGAAUGGAGAAGAUGAAGGGUUGAAGAGGAAUGGGGAACAUGUGAGAGAAGUGGCCGGGGAGCUUGAGCAUGCUAUCUUUGGAUUUUUAGUGGAAGAGAUGUCCCAGGAGCUGGCAUGUUAAAUCGGGAUGGCAGGCUUAUUAUUAUUCUUUUUAUGAUGAUCAUCAUCAGAAGAGUACAGUCUGACUUGCAUCGUAGUAAAAUGGAGUAGGCUAGUUAGCAAAAAAUACCCGAGUGCAUGUACAUGACUAGUGUAUUUAGUGACAUGUGGGUCACAUUUCCCAUUGAAUUGAAAUACUAUAAUGUUUACGUAUUGCAGUCGUCCUUUCGUGAAUCUCGCGGAGUAUGACGAAAAAAAUUGUCCCAACGAAUGUAAGGAUGAGGAAGGGAAGGAAUAAGGAGGGGUGGGAGCGGGGGAGGGAGGUAAGUUGAAAGGGAAGAAUAGAGUUAAAGGGACCUUGUCGGUUCUCAAUAAGGAACAAAAUGAAAGGACUAAUCAGUCUUGAUGCCAUGCUUUAUUCUACACGCACACGCAAUCUUUUCCAAGGCGUUGUGGUGUGAAGCCUCGUGAAUGAGCUUUAGGGAUGGUCAAGUGACGAACUUCUCCGCGGAAGCUUUUGCGCUAUUGUGACUCAAGAACUUCGGAGGGGGCCAUCUUUUUGCCUUCUCGAGAAGGCUCUUGCUUCCACGCUCAAGAGUUGCUCCGCAUUCAUCUGAAUUUCGGUGGCCCAACCACCUUGCGUCGCCUGGUUUGUCUUCCUUGGGCUCCAACCAAACACUAUGUAGGCUUACGGCCUUGAGCCCCCGAAGGUACCCACGUCAUUGGGCUCGUUGGCUGGGGCUGCUUUCCCUUAUAUUGUUGAGCACUUUGGACAGUCAACACUGUCAUUCCCCUCCCCACCGAGCUCAACCCAAAAAUGUCAUGCUAAUUUAUUUAAUAGUAAGAAUAAUUGGUUUCAUAUUA